AUGUCUCUAUCGCACGAUUCGCACCGGCGAAGAAUACCCCUCGCUGCCCGCUACAACGAGGAUAGCGAUGCAUCCAUGACAGCUGGCCAAGCCGACCGGAACAAAAAUAUUAUCUGCGCUUUGCCAAAGGACAUAUUAACGAGAGAGAAUCCUCGAACUCGCGACAUCAGCCCCCAGAUCCACUCCACCCCCAGACGAGAGGCGAAAGUAGGACGAUCAGUAAACACUGGGCCGGUGGAACAAGGUGAUACUCGACUUUACGGCACCAUUGUUGUGUCGGGGAACGAGCAUGACAUGCGUUUCGUGAAGUCAGGAGGUGCUCCAUUAAAGAUCCCCUAG